UUCUGAAAAGUGAAGGCGGAAAAGGAGCUGUUCUGACCGCAGUGUGGGUUUUAUUGUCCAGUGCUGCUUUUUUUUCCCCAGGUAGUUUGUGAUUGUGUUUUUAAACCAGAAUGUUGAAAAGUGACGACGUGUGGGAGAAUCUGAAGAAUUACUAUGGCUGUCGCCUGGAGUCUUCCUGUGACUUGCAAACUAGUGCUACUUCCUGCAGUUUGGCCUGCGGCAACCUGCCAAGGAGCUUAACAGAGGCCCUAAGUCUGAUUCACCCAGAAGUCAUCAAAAGAUUCUUCGGAUGCGGCCUUCCAUUUCCGGCGAAACUCGAGGGCUGCAGGGUUCUGGACCUCGGUAGUGGAUCGGGACGAGAUUGUUUUGCGUUCAGCAAACUUGUUGGGCCGAGUGGACGAGUGACGGGCAUCGAUAUGACAGAGCAGCUGAUCACGGCAUCCCGCCAAUUUGUCGAGUAUCAUCAGAAGAAGUUCGGCUACGAGGAGCCCAAUGUCUCAUUUAUCCAGGGAUACAUGGAAAAGCUCUGUGAAGCAGGGAUACAGAGAGACUCGAUGGAUGUUCUGAUCUCCAACUGUGUGAUCUGUCUCUGUCCUGAUAAAACAGCAGUGCUACAACAAGCCUACGAUGUUCUGAAGGAUGGAGGGGAGCUGUACUUCAGUGACAUGUACGCCAGCAGCAUCGUUCCAGACCACAUGAAGCAGGAUCCAGUCCUGUGGGGUGAGGGAAUGGGUGGCGCUCUGUUCUGGAAAGAUCUCAUCUCGCUGGCCCACAGUGUGGGCUUCAGCACUCCACGUCUGGUCUCAGCAAGCCAUAUCGAGGUCCACAACAUCCAACUCAAGGAAAAAGCAGGUGACAUCAAGUAUGCUUCAGGAACGUACCGGCUCUUUAAGUUGCCACAGCAACCAGGGAGGUCAGGUGCUGCUGUGACCUACAAGGGAACCAUUCCCGACUUUCCAGAUCAGCUGGACUUCGAUUCCUUGCACUGUUUCAAGAAAAAUGUGGAAGUGGAGGUGGACGCAGAGAUGGCAGCGAUUAUCCAGGUUUCCAGAUUCUCCUCGGAUUUUACAGUCAGGAUGUUGGAUGAACAUAAGUCUGAUUCUGAACCAACACCACAGUACUGCCACCUCAACCCAUUCCUGCUGGCUGACCGAUGGGGGUCCUCUAUGAAGCAGUGCUCCAAAACAUCCAGAUAAAACAGCUGCAACCUGCUGAGAAGAAAAUACUGCACACGUUUAAUUUAACUUUAACAAUGUUUAAUUCGUGUAAUUUAAUUUGUGCCUGUAAUGUCUGUGAAGGAAUGAAUGAAGGAAUUAUAUUUAGUUAAGUUUGAGUUUGCUAACUGGCUACAAAACAUCACAUUAACAUAUUGCAUAGAUGGGGAAAAAAUUGCAAUAGAUUUUGUAACAGUGAGUGAUCAGAGUGAUACUGUGAAGAGAAAAUCAGGUCUGACAGCUAUGAAGAAAAAAUAAAGGCGUAGUAAUACUUCAAA